CCUUUAAUAUUAAUCUUUCAGAUGAGAUGGCGCCAACACCGAAAAACUUGUCUCUAAUAGACGAGGGACGCGCAGCAGACUAUGGUUCAGACCAAAGAAUCGUAAUAUCUGGCAUGUCAGGUGCAUAUCCCGAGUCCAAUAGUGUGAAAGAGCUUUCGGAUAUUCUCUACAACAAGAUAAAUCCAGUCAAUAAUGAGAACUGCCGCUGGAAGUAUGACCACCCUGAAGUGUCUCAGUACACCGGUAAAGUGCCCGGCCUUAACUUGUUCGACGCGCAGUUCUUCAGAGUCCAUUACUAUCUUAGUCACAACAUGGAACCUAUGGCCCGCAAGUUGUUGGAGAAGGCUUUCGAAGCCAUUUUUGAUGCUGGCGUUUGUCCGGAAGAGCUUUCUGGGAAAAAAGUUGGUGUUUUCAUCGGUAAUGGUAACGCUGAAAGUGAAAAGGCUAUUUUUGAUGUUAAUUUAUCAAAAUCAGGAGUCGGUUUGGUUGGGUGUUGUAGAGCAAUGUAUGCCAACCGCAUUUCUUAUUGGUUGAACGUCAAGGGCCCUUCGCUGACCGUCGACGAGUUCUGCUGCAGCUCCACUAAAGCUCUGGAGCAGGGAUACCUCGCCAUACAACGCGGGGAGUGUGAUGCUGCUAUCGUUGGGGGAUCAGCUCUCUGUUUGCAUCCCCAGGCUAUCUUACAUUAUGGAAGAAUUACGAAGAUAAGUCUGGAUGGUAAAACAAAAUCGUUCGAUUCUGAAGCUGCUGGGUGCGCUAAGUCAGAUGCUAUCAAUGUUCUGUUCCUUCAGAAAGCUGAAAAUGCUUUAAGAGCUUACGCCGACGUGGUGCAUGUGAAGACUGAAUUUAUUUCAAUACCAUCUACAAAGACAGGUCCGUCAUACGGUUUUUAUCGGGAUCCUGAAAUAAUGGCCAACUUUAUGAGAAAUUUCUACAAAGAUACUAAAGUAUCGCCACAAGACGUUGAAUAUGUGGAAGCUUUUGGUUCUGCGGAACCUGAUGCAGAUAAGGCAGAAUUAGAGGCAAUAGAAAAAGUUUAUUGUAAAAACAGAAGAGAUCCUCUUUUAGUGGGCAGUGUUACAUCAAACAUUGGAUACGCGGAAGGUGCUUCGGGAAUAUCAGCAGUUACGAAGGUCCUGCUGGGGUUUCACUAUGGACAGCUAGCGGGUAAUUUGCAUUGUGAUUCGCCAAGAACAGACAUAGAUGCUUUACGUGAUGGACGUAUUCGUAUUUUAACUGACCAUCAGAGCUUUGGACGGCGCUACGCUGCUGUUAACACUAUCUCUGUGACAGGAGUAAACUCUCAUGUCCUAUUGUAUGGCCAUUACAAACCAAAGGACAUAAAUCGGUACAAGGUGAAUUUUCCACAAUUAGUUACUCUAUCAGGCAGACAAGAAACUGCUGUAGAUAAGAUAAUACAGGACCUGAAAUCUCGUCCUGUUGAUCCAGAGGAGUUGGCGCUUCUUCGUAAUAUACACAGAACUAGAAUUACUUUUCAUUUGGGACGAGGAUUUGCUAUUCUUGACACAAAUGAAAAGAACGAAACUGUUUGUCUUCAUGAACAAUUUAACUACUUUGACGGUGCCAAGCCGCCACUGUGGUUUGUGUACAGUGGUAUGGGCUCCCAGUGGGCUGGUAUGGGAGCUCAGCUCAUGACGAUCCCUGUGUUCGCUGCAGCUAUUGAAAGAUGCCGGCGUGUAUUGGAGCCCAAAGGAGUGGAUAUAGUUCACAUAAUAACGUCUCCAGAUAAAUCUAUAUUCGAUAAUAUUCUGAACUCUUUCGUUGGAAUUGCUGCCAUUCAAAUUGGACUUACAGACAUUUUGCGUGAAUUAGAUAUCUUUCCUGACAUGAUCAUAGGUCACAGUGUGGGUGAGCUGGGCUGCGCGUACGCAGACGGCUGCUUCACAGCCGAGGAGAUGAUCCUGUCUGCGUACAGUCGCGGGCUGGUCUCUGUGCAGACUCCCUUCAUUCGUGGCUCAAUGGCUGCUGUAGGAGUUGGCCACCAACAGAUAUCUAAAAUGUGUCCACCUGAAAUUGAAGUAGCUUGCCACAAUGGUCCCGACUCCAGUACCAUUUCAGGACCCGCCGAUUUGAUGAAGCAAUUCGUGGCUCAACUCACUGCAAAAGGAAUCUUUGCCAAGGAAGUGCCAUGUUCCAACAUUGCUUAUCACUCAAGAUACAUAGCUGAAGCAGGUCCAGGCUUGCUUAAAUAUUUGUCUGAAGUGAUCACAUCACCCAAAGCACGCAGUAAACGCUGGAUCUCUACAUCAGUGCCAGAAGAGAAAUGGAAUGAUCCCAUUGCCAAAUAUUCGUCAGCAGAAUAUCAUACAAACAACUUACUCAAUUCAGUACUUUUCGAAGAGAUAUUGAAAAAGAUACCUUCGAAUGCAGUGUUGGUAGAAAUAGCUCCUCAUGGACUAUUGCAGGCUAUUCUCAAGCGUUCUUUGCCGGAAAGUUGCAAACAUAUUCCACUGACUAGACGUGGCCACCCAAACAAUACAAAGUUUUUACUAGAAGCCAUUGGAAACCUCUAUAUGGAAGGAUACAACCCGCAAGUUCAAGCCCUCUACCCAAAAAUCGAAUUUCCAGUUUCUACUGGAACACCAAUGCUGUCACAUUUAGUUGAAUGGGCGCAUAAUGAAAAAUGGAACGUUCUCCUCUAUGCCAAUGCUAAUAGAAAAUCAUCAGCUCAGUGUAAACAUGUUGUCUCCGUGCUCGAUGAUGAUCAUUGUUAUUUGAAAGGACAUGUGAUUAGAGAAAAGAACGUAUAUCCGUUCGCUGCCACACUAGUGGCAGUUUGGGACACGUUGGCCAUGGUCCUCGGAUUGCCGAAGAAACAGUUCUCGGUCCAGUUCCGUGAUGUGCACUUACAUUCCCAGCCUGUGCUCAACGAGCGGAGACUGUUACGAUUGAACGUAUCGAUACAUAGAGGGAAAGGGCGCUUCGAGGUUUUGCAUGACAAUGUUAAAGUGGCAACUGGUUUCGUUGUUGGUGAGAUAGACACAGAGAUAACAAAUGUUAAAGAGGAAGAUAAAUCUGAAAAUGUUAUGGAGUUCAAAUCAAAUGACGUGUAUCAGUUACUGUAUGCCAGGGACUAUACUUACUCGAAUCAGUUCCGCAGUAUUUAUAACGCCGACAUAUCAUUUACUAAAGCUAAUCUAAUUUGGCAAGACAAUUGGGUUACUUUGAUCGAUGGUAUGAUACAACUUAACACACUUAGACGACUUCAUGAAAGUGUUUCACAACUUAGUUUUAUAAGAACUAUCAAAAUAGACGUCGAUGAUCAUUUAUCAAAUAAAACAUCGAUAGAGAAUACUUUUGUACUACCAGCAUACGUAUCAGAUCUUACCGACAGCACUAGAUGCGGGGGUGUCUUGAUGGAACAAAUGCAAUUUCAUGACUUGCCGAUAUUGAACAAAGAGAAAAUCACUUUCAAAACUUUGCAAUUUGUCCCACACUGCUCUACCAACCAAAUCAAUGAAACUUCAGCGAUAUACGUAUUUUUGCAAAUACUGGCAGAAAAUUUAAACAAAAGAAUCAUUAAUAUUGUUGAGGUCAUAGAAUACAAAGGUCAAAACAGAUACAAAAAUAUCCAACAGAUUAUUCAUGAUAUACCAAAAAUACAGGUCAACUUUUCACAAAUUUGUCGGGAUGAUUUGACUAAAAUGCCUGAUGAUUUUCUUGAAGGCUGUGAUGUGCUGCUGAUAACGAAUCUAGCUGCUGAUGAUAAUAUAUGCCAAUUAUUACAUAAGCUACUGCGUCGAGAUGCUUACCUGAUAAAUAGAGAAGAGUGCGCAGAAUUGACGAUCAUUCGUCCUUCGUUACUAUAUCGAAAUAUGUGUGCCCACACAAUUGGGUCUUUACGUCUGGAGCUAAAUGUAUGGCAACCUUCCGAUGUUACGGCUGGUACUAGUGCUGUCACUGUGUUUUCACAGGCUGAUCUCACCAAACUUUACGCGCAACUGUCUACCCUUCCACCGAGGCAUAAUCUUAUCAUACUAACAUCGAAACCCCUAUUAACCGGAAUAAAAGAUCUCAUUAAAGAACGGAGAAAUAAGGAUAAUCGUAAAAUCAACGUUUUAAUUAAUAGUCAUGAAAUGUUUGAUGAACAGUGUUUAAAUAAAGUACAAUUUACAGAUUUUGCUAUAAAUAUUUUAGAAAAGGGCACCUGGGGUGGAGAAUAUUAUUUGCCAAUUCAACAAAAAAGUAUCACAGGUCGAGAAAUGGCUUUGGAAAUGAAAAGGUUAGGCGACAUUGAAUCUUUGCAUUGGACAGAAGUUAGUGACACCAAACAUGAAGGCAUUUCAGUAAAGGUUCAAUAUAUGGGUUUAAAUGACGCAUAUGUAAAGAAAGUAUUAAAAGUAGCUGUGAGUGGGAACAAUACUGAUAACAAUAGAAUUGAAUAUGACUUCAGUGGUACAACGGAAAAAAAAGUGCGCGUGAUGGGUAUUGCACAAGAACAGUCGAUCAGCACUAGUGUCAAAGCCAAGCCCGAACUAGUUUGGCCAGUACCGGACCAUUGGACUUUGGAGGAUGCGGCCACCGUUCCUUUGGCUUAUUGCAUGGCUUUCUACUGUCUUUGUUUCAGAAGUCGGUUGUAUCGUGGAAACAGUAUUCUCGUGCAUGGAGGAGCGGGAGCUCUGGGUCAGGCAGUUAUCUCUAUUGCGCUAGCACAUGGGUGUGACAUUUAUACAACAGUCAGCAAUACAAAGAAGAAACAAUUUUUGCUGAAGUUAUUCCCAGAACUAAAAGCGGAUCAAAUCGGCAAUUCUCGUGACUGCACUUUUAAAGAUAUGGUUCUCAGAGGUACCAAAGGAAAUGGUUGCAAUAUUGUAAUCAGUUGCGUCUCAGGAGAGCAAAGAACUGCUUCACUCUAUUGCUGCUCACCAUUUGGAUUCAUUGUCGACACGUCAGUGUUAUUGGAUAAAGAUGAUUACAUCUUUGAGAUGUAUAGUUUGGACAAAUGUGGUUCUUAUUGUACACAACAAUUUUCCACAUUAUUCGAGCCUCAAAACGUUAAAGAUUUAAAAAGGCUACAGUUAAUGGUGAGUGACGGCAUUGCGCGCGGGUACGUGCGCCCUCUGUCUCGAGUGGUGUACGCUGCGGGAGAAGUGUCGCGUGCGCUGCGCCUGCAGGCGGGCAGCAAGCACACCGGCAGGGUGCUACUGCACUUCCAAAAGGACAACGGACCCCAGGCUCACAAUAAUUUCAGAAUAGAAUGCUCGACCGAUCGCUGGCAAGUGUUGUUGUUAGAUAAUGAGAUUCUGGGCGUACAAUUAGUUGAAAGGUUGAUAAAUCGAGGUGCUAGAAAGUUUUCAUUGCAUUUCUCUAAUAAAUCGAGCACCGUUUUGUCUAAGCUGAGGUCCUGGCAAAAACAAGGUAUUCAGUGUAUAGUAUCAUACGGAUCUACUUGGAAUGGAAAUAUUUUUAAAAAUGUAAGCAUGGAAGAUGUGGAAGGAAUAUAUUGCGUAUUACAUUCAAAUACACAAAGUGAUAAUGUUUUAAAGUACUUGGAAAAACUAACAGUGUCGAUUCAGAAACUGAAUAGGUCUUUAAAAUAUUUUUCUGUAAUUGAUGCUAGAAACAACGUUAAUGAACUAAUAAAGCUCGCAAAACCACAUGAAAGUUUUACUUCUAUCAAACUGCCACCAUUGAAAGUACAACUCAAUGAAAAUUAUAUUAAUAAUAAAGAAUUCAUAUCAAUAAAUGAAGCCGUCGAUGCAAUAGAAAAAGCGUUAUGCUACAAACAACGCGUUGUAGAGGUGUGUAGAGUAAAUGAAUCUAAAGGCAUAUUGAAGGAAGUGGCUGAUAUAGCAGGUUUGACAGUACCCGACGAUGUCCCACCAGAAGCAACACUCAAAGAUUUGGGUCUUGAUCUCACUAAGUCACAAAUUGUUCGGACUUGUUUGUAUGAUGACUAUAAUAUAUUACUAGACGAGAGUACAAUUCCAUUGCUAACGAUUAAAGAUAUUCGAGAAUUAGAAGAUGGCAUGUUACAAAAACGAUCUAUAGAGACGGACGAUCUAAAAACAUUUUUCUCAUAUAUAGAACAAGAUGCAAUCCAGGCUACUGCGGAUAUUAUAUUAUUGCCUACAUUAACUACAAGUGCUGAUUUGAGAGGUGAUGAAUAUGAUGCUGGGCAUGCAUUUUUGUGCAUAAUUCCUGGUGUAGAAGGACUACACGUACGAUUCCGUGAGCUUAGUGAACGACUCAAGUUACCCGCAGUAGUAUUGCAGCCGGGCUUAGACAGACCACAUGAAACUAUACAAGAAAUGGCACAAAGAUACACUGAGAUUCUUCUCAAAAAGACUCAAAUGAAAAAGCGCUUUUAUCUUCUUGGAUAUGAAAGUGGAGUUCUGGUAGCUCUUGAAAUGGCUGGGAUUCUUGAGGACCAUGGUUUAACUGGCACAGUAUUCUGCAUCGGAGGUGCCCCGGGAGAGGUCCAAGCGAAAUUUGAAGAAACAUUCGCAGAAUUUGAAACAGAAGAGUCAAUGCAAAUUGCAGUGGCACGCCACAUGUUUACUCUAUUGAUAGACGAUGACGAUUUAAAAGAUCUAGAACACGAACUCAAGAAUAAAUCAACAUGGAAAGAAAAAGUAUCUUUGUGCGUUCAGAAACUUCAGGGACGUUUUAACCAUUCAAUUCAAUACUCGCAGGAAUUCAUUGAAGCAGCUUAUGGGAGAAUUGUGCAAACAAGGCGUUAUAACUCAGAGCCGCGGUCUCUUCACUCUCUUCUCAUAUCUAUUCGACCUUGGUCACCAUCAUCAAGUCCUAUUACAUCUCACUCUUUACAAAACCACUCACAGCAACAAGUCAUAGAGUAUGAGUUGGAAGCUCCAUUGGCUUAUGCUGCACGAGAUUUGCAAUGCGCUGCGAUUGUCAACCGCCAUUUAGAUAGAGAACUAUUGGAAGAGUUUGAUAAAAGAAACUUGUGCGAAACUUACAUCACUGAUGCUGAUUCCUUCAUGACUGUUGUUAAUGAAUGACUUAUUAUAUUUAUGUUGUUUAAAAUAAUCACCUACAUGUUAUAAGGAUUUAAUAAAAGUAUUUAUGGGUUGGCAU